AUGUUCAAGGCCAGUCUCCGCAGAUACUCCAUCAAGCACUUACCUGUGGAAACACAGCCUACAAACAAGUACAAUGCGGCUCGUUCUGCCUUCAACCUCAAGCCUGUCCCCACCAAUGGCCUCAUACAUAAUCCUCCGGCUGCCAUGCCCAGCUUGAAGGACACGCCUAAGGUCUUUUUACCCAAAAGUGACCCCAGAUUGAAGUUCAUGGCCGACAGAUUCAAGGUCUACUCCCCGGAGGAGCUUGCCGAGAUGCCCGUGAUUUACGGAGCUAAGAAAGACUAUGACUUGACUCCGGAAAUAAUCGAGCAGAUUGUCAAGUUGAGAACAGAGGACAGCAACAAAUGGACAAUUGCUAAGUUAGCUGAGAAGUUCAACAUCGAUGCUAAGAAAGUUAAUGUGAUCACGGGAUUCAGCUUGCAGAAACAACAGAAGAUGCUUCAAGAGUUGACCAAGUUGAAGAAGGGUUGGUCUCAAAGCAGAAAGAUGGCAAGAGAGGACAGAACGAAGAGAAAACAGAUGUGGUUGAGGGGUGAGUUUUGA